GCAUGCCCUGUGAGUAAGAUCCGGGCUCAGGGCAGGAUGAAUGCUAAUUUCCAAGAUGGCGGCGGAGGGAGGAGGGAAGGAGAUGAACGAAAUUAAAACUCAGUUCACCACUCGGGAAGGCGUCUAUAAACUCCUCACUCACUCCGAAUACAGCCGCCCCAACAGGGUGCCUUUCAAUUCCCAGGGCUCCAACCCGGUCAAAGUUUCCUUCGUCAACGUCAACGACCAGUCUGGCAACGGCGACAGAAUUUGUUUCAAUGUGGGCCGGGAGCUAUACUUUUAUAUCUACAAAGGCGUCAGAAAGGCUGCCGACCUGAGCAAGCCCAUCGACAAGCGGAUAUACAAGGGAACGCAGCCCACCUGCCACGACUUCAACCACCUGACGGCCACGGCCGAGAGCGUGUCCCUGCUGGUGGGCUUCUCCGCCGGCCAGGUGCAGCUCAUCGACCCCAUCAAGAAGGAGACCAGCAAGCUCUUCAAUGAAGAGAGGCUAAUAGACAAGUCGCGGGUCACCUGCGUGAAGUGGGUGCCGGGCUCGGAGAGCCUCUUCCUGGUGGCGCACUCGAGCGGGAGCAUGUACCUGUACAACGUGGAGCACGCCUGCGGCGCCGCGGCCCCGCACUACCAGCUGCUCAAGCAGGGCGAGGGCUACGCCGUGCACACGUGCAAGAGCAAGUCGGCGCGCAACCCGCUCCUCCGGUGGACGGUGGGCGAGGGGGCGCUCCACGAGUUCGCCUUCUCGCCCGACGGCAAGUUCCUGGCGUGCGCCAGCCAGGACGGCUUCCUGCGCGUCUUCAACUUCGACGCCGUGGAGCUCCACGGGACCAUGAAGAGCUACUUCGGCGGGCUGCUGUGCGCCUGCUGGAGCCCCGACGGGCGCUACAUCGUGGCGGGCGGCGAGGACGACCUGGUGACCGUCUGGUCCUUCUCGGACUGCCGGGUGAUCGCGCGCGGCCACGGCCACAAGUCCUGGGUGAGCGUGGUGGCGUUCGACCACUACACCACCAGCGUGGAGGAGAGCGAGCCGGCCGAGUUCAGCGGCAGCGACGAGGACUUCCAGGAGCAGGGCCAGGGCCAGGGCCAGGGCCAGGGCCAGGCGGGCCGCGAGCGGGCCAACAGCACGCAGUCGCGGCUCUCCAAGCGCAACUCCACCGACAGCCGGCCGGUCAGCGUCACGUACCGCUUCGGCUCGGUGGGCCAGGACACGCAGCUGUGCCUCUGGGACCUGACGGAGGACAUCCUGUUCCCCCACCUCCCGCUCUCGCGCACGCGCACGCACACCAACGUCAUGAACGCCACCACCAGCCCCGGCGCCAACGGCAACCCCGUUGCCGGCACGGGCGCCGGCACGGGCGUGGUCGUGGGCGCGGGCACGGGCGUGGCCCCCGGCAACUCCCUCCCGACGCCGCUGCCCCGCUCCAACAGCCUGCCGCACUCGGCGCCCGCCGCCGCCGUCGUCGGCGCCAACAGCAAGGCGGGCGGCGGCGGCGGCGUCGUCGUCGACGGCGCCGUCGCCACCGGCGUCGGCAAGUUCGCCACGCUCUCGCUGCACGACCGCAAGGAGCGGCACCACGAGAAGGACCACAAGCGCAACCACAGCAUGGGCCACAUCAGCAGCAAGAGCAGCGACAGGCUCAACCUGCUGGCCAAGGGCAAAACGGACCCCGCCAAGACGCUGGGCACCGCGCUCUGCCCCCGCAUGGAGGACGUGCCCUUGCUGGAGCCGCUCAUAUGUAAAAAGAUAGCGCACGAGAGACUCACUGUGUUGAUCUUCCUGGAGGACUGCAUAGUCACAGCCUGCCAGGAGGGCUUUAUUUGCACAUGGGCGAGGCCUGGCAAAGUGGGUUUGCUGUCAUCCCAAAACCAAGCCAACUCUCCCAGCGGGACUGUAGUAUAGCCACCGUACUUCUGCUGCUAAGCGAAACCCCCCCCCCCCUCCCAACGGUCACGGAGACGCAGCGACGUCGCCGGAGCCCCGGCUCCCCUCCGCCGCACCCGCGCCGCGACACCCUUUUUUUCUUUUCUUCC